GGGAUUUUUGUGGCGGGCGGAGAAGAGCGCAUGUAUUGUAUGGAGAGGGGAUAGCGGAAGGAUUCGAAUGGCCACUCCGCUGCUCCUCAGAAGCUCUCUUCUUCUUCAUCAUCGUCAUCAUCAUCAUCAAUUCCCUCUCGCUAAACCCUACCCUUUCUCCCCUUCUCCCUCUUCAUCCUCCUCUCCAGCACGCAAGGCUAGGUUUCUUUCCCUCAGCUCCAUUAAGAUGCAGGGGAGCGAGAUUACGGAGGAGACAGUGGCGGGGGAGGCAGAAGCUGGUGCGAGCCCUAAGAAGAAAGUGUUCGUCGCUGGGGCAACGGGGAGCACUGGGAAGAAGAUAGUUGAUCAGCUGCUCGCAAGAGGUUUCGCGGUCAAGGCGGGGGUUCGUGACUUGGAGAAGGCCAAGUCUGCGUUUUCUCGCGAUGACCCGUCUCUUCAGAUCGUUAAGGCGGACGUGACUGAGGGCUCCGACAAGUUGGCGGAAGCAAUAGGGGAUGAUUCGGAGGCUGUGGUUUGUGCCACGGGGUUUAGGCCUGGGUGGGAUUUGUUUGCUCCAUGGAAGGUUGACAAUUUUGGCACAGUUAACCUAGUUGAAGCUUGCCGGAAGCGUGGCAUCAAUAGAUUCAUCCUCAUCAGUUCAAUUCUAGUAAAUGGAGCAGCAAUGGGGCAGAUUCUUAAUCCCGCUUAUAUCUUCCUCAAUGUCUUUGGGCUCACCUUAGUCGCAAAGCUUCAGGCGGAGCAACAUAUCAGAAAGUCAGGCAUAAACUACACAAUCAUAAGGCCAGGCGGCCUCCGGAAUGAUCCCCCAAGUGGAAACAUUGUUAUGGAGCCAGAGGACACUCUCUAUGAGGGUUCAAUAUCGAGGGAUCAGGUCGCACAAGUUGCUGUGGAGGCACUAAUUCACCCUGAAGCAUCAUACAAGGUUGUUGAGAUUGUUGCUCGAGCUGAUGCUCCGAAGCGGCCGUUUGAGGAGCUCUUUGGUUCCAUUAAGCAACGGUGAAACUGCAGGUAUGAACUCUUGAAUGCAUAUAUUAGGGAUAGAACUGUAUCACUCAUGUAUAUCUGAUACUUCGGUGGAUGAAGCUUGAAAUGGAAAAAUUGGAUAAUUUCUUCCUUAUAGAGUGAAAGAUUUUACUCCACAA